AUCAAAUCACCUCUUCCUGGACUCACACUCAGUAAACACAGAACACACACAUCGACACCUUGGAAUCAGUCUCGCGCAAAUCUCACUCAACCCACAGCCAUACAUCACAAUCGAACCCAUCGCCAUACAAAAAAAACAAAAAACAGGAAAAACAAAAUGCAGAUCCGCGCUUCCAUCGCUGCCGCCGCCGGCCUGUUCGCCCUGGCCAACGCCCGCAUCUACGGCAUUGCCUUCCCAGAGACCGUCAAGGCCGGCGACGAGGUCAAGGCCGUCAUCACGACGGAGAACUACAUCCAGGCCGUUCAGGACAUCGCCAUCGCCUUCGGCAUCGCCACCGAGGCCUCCGCCUACCCCAAGACCCUCGGCAACGUCCUGGGCUCGUUCUACCUGGGACCUGAGGAGUCCAACACGCUCGAGAACAUCACCGAGACCGUGACCAUCCCCGCCGGUCUUGCUCCCGGCCAGUACGUCGUCGCCGCCGCGCUGUACAGCCUGUACGGCGCCUCUUCUUCCCCCACACUGAGCCACUACAACGUCACCGUCACCGUUGGCAACGUGACCAGCGAGACGUAUGUGGGCAGCCAGCGAUAAAAUGUGAAUUUCUGGGUUGUGUUGAAACAAAGGUGUUCAAAUGGCGUUCAAUUUGUCUUGGUCUGGCCUGUUGCAUCUUGGUGGGUUGGAAAGAGGUUUCGCAAACUAGGUUAAUAAGUUAGACAUACACACACAAUCCCUUCCGAUCCUCUCAGUUGGGUCUUGGUUCCCGAAAUGGUGGUUGUAGUAAGAUAUCUUCGUUCACACUGAGAUGCGGUAAACUUUCUGCGAGACAGGUUUCGCUUGCCUAUGCUGCUGGCUUCAAUUGUGAAGAUGGCUCGUAUAUUGUAAGCAGCAGAAGUCCCGAUAAAGAUGUGUAUUGGGCGCUGUGGCCGCCAGUCCGAGGUUUUGUACAUCGAAACCUGUACGGCUUGAAGCCGGUAAAGCAUCUGAAACAGAUAUGUUGUUCCUACGGAUAAGCACCAACCAGACAGUAACAAUACCAGGCUUGUUACUUGUCUAGUCUUUCUUAUAUGUUGACAUAGCUUAGGCAGAUAGGAGACACUUGCUAAUCU